AUGGGUGGCGGAGAGUACCAGUUAUCGUUCGAGUCGUUCGCACAUGACGAGGACGUGCGAGGGAUUGCUGUGAUCGGCGAGGAUUGCUUUGCCACGUCAUCCCGGGACAAAACCGUCAAGCUGUGGCGGCGCGCGCCAGCGUCCACGUCAGCAAGAUCCGCAACGGGCAGCGAAUUCGGCCUAGAUAAAACCCUCGUGGGUCACACGAGCUUCGUGGGACCCCUGGCAUGGAUUCCUGGACAACAAUCUCCUGCAGGAGCAGGGGGAGGAGGGGAGGGCUCGAGUGAUGCUGCAGGAGCCGGGAAGGGUGUGCUAGUAUCGGGGGGAAUGGAUUGUUUGGUUUUGGUGUGGGAUUUGGAGGCUGGGGAGGUGGCGCAGCGGUUGGCUGGGCAUGAGCAGCAGGUGACUGGUAUCACGGCGACGGCAGCAGGGGACAUUGCAACAUGUUCUGUGGACAAGUCCAUUCGGGUGUGGCGAGACGGGCACUGCCAGCAGCAGCUAUCAGGCCAUGAGUCCUCAGUGCUGUGCCUUGCCGCUGCUCCCAACGGGCUUCUCUUCUCAGGGUCAGGAGAUUGCACCAUUCGUUGUUGGGACGGCUCCUCCUGCAUCAAGUCCGUCCGGGCGCAUUCAGACUCUGUGCGUGGCCUUGCAAUGCUGCCAGCAGUUGGUCUCCUCUCAGCCUCCCAUGAUGGCUCUGUGAAGCUAUGGGACCUGUCGCUGCAGCCGCUGCUGGAGAUGGUGGGGCACACAGCGCUGGUGUACUCAGUGGCAUCCACAGCAGGGGGCGAGCUCAUUGCGUCGGCCAGUGAGGACGCCACUGCCCGCGUGUGGAAGGACGGCGAGUGCAUGCAGGUAUUGGAGCAUCCUUCAUGCGUCUGGGCGGUCGCCUUUCUCCCUAAUGGAGACCUCAUCACAGCUUCUGCGGAUGGUGCUUUCCGCAUAUGGACAAGAGACGCCGCCCGCGUGGCACCAGAGGGCCUGCGGUCCAGCUAUGAGGAGAGGGUGAAGGCCAGUAGGAAGAAGAAGACAGUGGGGGGUGUGAAUGUGGACGAGCUACCAGGCAUUGAAGCAUUGCAACAGCCAGGUCACAAGGAUGGGCAGACACUGAUAGUGCGGGAGAACGAUGUGGGGGUGGCGUACCAGUGGAGCCAAAAGGAAUUCAACUGGGAAAAGAUAGGGGAGGUGGUGGAUGGUCCGUCGGAGCCUGUCGAUGCAAAGAUGUAUGAGGGCAAGCAGUACGACUACGUCUUUGACGUGGACAUUGGCGAUGGAGUGCCAGUGCGCAAGCUGCCAUACAACCACGGAGACAACCCAUACGACGUGGCGGACAAGUGGUUGCUAUCACAGGAUCUGCCUCUGGGGUACAGAGAGCAGGUGGUGGACUUCAUACUGCGCAACACAGGCCAGGGGCCUACAAUGCCGCUCGGGGCCACCAUUCCCGACCCCUACACUGGCGGGCAAGCAUACGUUCCAUCGGCAACACCCUCCUGGGGCGGACCCACUCCUGCCUCACGAGGCCCUGCCCAAGCCCCACCAGCAGCACCUGCAGCGGUGGCAGCACAACCACCACAGGAGAAGCUGUUCCCGAAGAGGGGCUACCUGGUGUUUGACUCAGCGCAAUACGACGGCAUCAUGAAGAAGCUCAACGAGUUCAACACUGCUCUUGCAUCACAACCAUCACCGUCGUCAUCGCCAUCGCCUGUGGUGCUAUCAGAAGAGCAGCUGGAGCAGCUAAACGGAUUGGUUUCUGUUCUCAAGGACACCUCGCACUACCACUCCUCCUCCUUUGCCCCGAAUCACUACGCGCUGCUCUCUUCCCUGCUCUCAACCUGGCCUGCUGCCAACCUCUUCCCAGUGUUGGACCUGCUGCGGAUGAUGCUGUUGCAUCCUUCAGGCGCUGCCUGGUUUGCUGCCAAUGCCUCUGGGCCAGACGGCAUGCUCAUGGCAUGUAUGCGCAGGGCAGCAGCGGACCCACCCACACCCGCCAACCACCUCACGGGCGUGCGCGUGGCAGUCAAUGCGUUUGGCCUUCCUUCCAUGCACCACUGGCCUCGCCAACACCGCGCAGAGGUUCUCGACCUCUUCGCCCCCUGUGUCUCUUCCUCCAAUAAGAACGUCCGACUCGCUCUCGCCACUCUCCUGCUCAACUACGCAGUGCUGCUGGUGGAUGGCGCAGCAGCAAAGGGAGAGGACCAGGAGGAGGGCCAAGUGCAGACCCUCUCUGCUGCCUUUGAGCUGGCAGCAGCAUCGGAGGCCGAUCCGGAGGUCCGCUACCGGGCACUGCUUGCCAUUGCCACUCUUAUGCACAGCGGCGUGGUGAGGGAGACAGCAGUGGAGAUGGGAGCAGCAGAGGUGGUUCAAGCAGCAGCAGCAGCCACAGCCACCAACACUCUACCGCAGCUCGGCAGAGAAAUGAAGUCGCUAAUCGGCUGA